AUGAGCAAAGCUUAUGACCGUGUGAAAUGGGACUUCUUAGAAGCGGUUAUGGUCAAGAUGGGUUUUGAUAGGAAAUGGAUCUCUUGGAUCAUGUGGUGUGUAUCUUCGGUCUCCUAUCAAGUCCUUCUUAAUGGACAGCCUCGGGGCUUAAUCAAGCCUCAGAGGGGUUUACGUCAGGGGGAUCCUUUAUCUCCUUAUUUGUUCAUAAUAUGUACGGAGGUUUUAAUCGCCAAUAUUAAAAAGGCUGAAAGAGAAAGUAGAAUUACAAGCAUCAAGUUAGCCCGGGACUGUCCCACUGUUUCACAUUUGUUGUUUGCAGAUGAUAGUCUGUUUUUCUGUAGAGCAAAGACGGCAGAAUGUACUACGGUUAUGGAAAUUAUAAGGAACUACGGUGAAGCUUCGGGUCAAGAGGGUUCGAGAACUAAGAUUUUUAGUUAUGUCAAUGAUCGUUUGGACGAUCGAGUGAAUGGCUGGUCUGCAAAGUAUUUAUCGAAAGGUGGAAAGGAAGUUAUGAUUAAGUCGGUCGCGUUGGCUCUUCCAACGCGACCGACUUAUGGAAAUUAUAAGGAACUUCGGGGAAGCUUCGGGUCAAGAGGUGAAUCUGGAGAAAUCCUUUAUUAUGAGGUAACGUCUAAGCUUACGAGUGCUAUUUCACGAUUCUGGUGGAAGUCUAACGAUAAAGCACGAGGAUUGCACUGGGUCGCCUGGGAUAAGGUCAUGCGAGGUAGAUACUUUCGGAAUAAACAUCCUUUACAUGCCAAGAAGCCUUACUCCCCCUCGUUUGCUUGGAGGAGUAUUUACUCUACUCAAGGCUUGGUGAAACAUGGUGCAAGGUGGGCGAUAGGUUCAGGUUAUCAUGUUUCGGAGUGGCAUAUGCCAAUUCUUGAGGAGUUUAUGGACCCGACAGACAUUCAGAUUAUCCAAGCUAUGGAGAUCAGCAAAGUCUACAAACCAGAUAAGCUGAUUUGA